AUGUCCGUCCCUGGCAACAUCAACACACCGCCACCGCCUAGCUCUUUCGACGGAGACGACGAGUUCUACCAAGAGUCAGGAUGGACCAAGAUGCAGCGCCGGCUCAAGGAAGAGCCCUUGAUCCCUCUCGGUUGCGCCCUCACAGUGUGGGCACUAUACGAAGCGACACGAAGCAUAAAGUCCGGCGACAAGUAUCGGACAAAUCGCAUGUUCCGACGACGUAUCUAUGCCCAAGGUUUCACCAUUCUGGCCAUGGUCUUAGGCUCCGCAUACUAUGAAGGCGAUCGUAGUAAGAGGAAGGAGUACGAUGGACGUGUGGAGGAGAACAAAAAGAAGGAAAGGCAUGAUGCGUGGUUGCGAGAACUGGAGGUCAGGGACCAGGAGGAGCAGGAAUUGAGGGCGAUACGGGAUAGGCUGAUGAAGGGGAGGACGGCGGAGAAGCAGCAGUACUCGGAGACUGAGACGCGAGCGCUGGAAGAUCAGCAGAAGAAGCAAGCAGGGCAAAACAAGGGUGGGUUUGGUGAAGUGAGGAGUGCGCUGGAAGAGAGCGAAAGGAGGAGGCCGGGAAGGAUACUAGAUGCUGCAGCAGAGCUAUGGGAGAGGAGGAGAUAA